ACGGUGUAUAGCUUGGCGGAUGUGUCCUGCAAAUGUCAUGGUGUAUCUGGAUCAUGCAGCCUGAAGACCUGUUGGCUGCAGUUGGCUGACUUUCGCAAGGUUGGAGAUGCUUUGAAAGAGAAAUAUGACAGUGCAGCCGCUAUGAAACUCAACAUCCGGGGCAAGCUGGUGCAAGUGAACAGCCGCUUCAAUGCACCCACUAUCCAUGACCUGGUAUACAUUGACCCCAGUCCUGAUUACUGUGUGCGCAAUGAGAGCACCGGCUCCCUGGGUACCCAGGGACGGCUGUGCAACAAGACUUCAGAAGGCAUGGAUGGCUGCGAACUCAUGUGCUGUGGCCGGGGCUAUGACCAAUUCAAGACAGUGCAGACAGAACGCUGCCACUGCAAAUUCCACUGGUGCUGCUACGUCAAAUGCAAGAAGUGCACAGAGAUUGUAGACCAGUUUGUCUGCAAAUAGGUGGGAAUGGGUGGAAGGAGCUGUUCUGGUCUGCCAGCAGCAGUGGUGCAGGGGAGGGGCGCCCCAAGAGGAUCUCCGCUCUUAUUUAUAUGCAUCUGGCUCAGACUGUGCAUAGUUUUAUUUUUUGCAAUAAAGGGGGAGGGGAGGGGACCAAGAUAAUAUUUAUUUUACACAAUUGGAAAUACGACUUUAAAAAGAAAGAUAGAGUAGUUCAAAGGGAAGUUUGCCCUAUCCCCAUAUAGUCUCAUGAGACAUAGUGCAUAUGGAGUAGAUGAGGUACCUGUUGUUCCAUGGUUCGGUGAAUAACAAGAAUAGCCCUUACAUACGUGGUGACAUGGAACAUGAUAUUUCUCUUUAGCUCUAGGGACCAAAAAGAAACCAAAUAGGAAAAAAACAAUCAGAUAUAAGGUUGAUUGGUUGAUCUAUAAUUUUUGACAUGAAUUUUUUUCCCUCACCAUUAGUUGAAUGGCAACUUGAAGGUAUGAGUGAAAGCACAAAUUCUGAAGUCACAGGUGCGCUGCUAGGUGAUAUCUGGAGACCCAUGAAUUGAACAUGGUGUCUUCUAUGGAUGCUUGGGAUAGUUGUGAAUAUGUAUUGUAGAGGUGAUACCAGCAAAAGAAAUGCCCACGAAAGAGUCCUAAGAUGGCAAGUUGCCAAUCUUCCAUCAGCUCCACUCUGGCAAUGCAUUUUGUCACUGUUCUCAAUAGAAAGAAGAAGGCAUGGUUAUUCAUAUGGGUUAAGAACAGUUCUUGUUUUGAAUUAUUUUCCAAAGCCAAGAGUCUAAAAAAUGUGGUUUUGCUUUGUAGAUCAAUUCAGAAUUUGGUGCAUAGCCACAUCAAGUAAAAUAUACAUAUAUCAUAUCAUACAUAUUUUAAAAGCCUUGACUUUUAAGAAUAUUGAAAUGAUCUGUGGAAUUUUCUAAAGCGUGUGUGCUAGUAGUAACUGUGCUAGAAAUUGCAGCUGUGCUGUGCAUGCCGCCUGCAAAGUUCUUGCGAAAAAGAAAGCCAAAAGAAUUGUUCACCUGAGAAUGAAAGUGUUGUGGAUAGUUGGUUUCAUUUCAGACGUGGAAUCUGACCAAUUAACAUUGGAGAAUUUGAGCUGAUGAUACAGUAGCUUGAUGUUUUCAUAAGUGACUACUAUGGUUCAACAUGCAGUAUGGCAGCAAUACUACCCACUUUACCAUCCUGUGUUUCU